AUGGAAGAGAAACAGCGAGAUGAUAAAAAUGUAAAGAAAGAAAUGAUGGGGGGAUAUCAAGUGAAAGAUAAAAAUAUGGCAAAAAGAAAAAAAGAGAGCAAUGGGGAAAUUGGUGAACGCAGUGCUGAUGAUAGUGAACGCGGUGCUGAUGAUAGUGAACGCGGUGCUGAUGAUAGUGAACGCGGUGCUGAUGAUAGUGAACGCGGUGCUGAUGAUAGUGAACGCAGUGCUGAUGAUAGUGAACGCAGUGCUGAUGAUAGUGAACGCAGUGCUGAUGAUAGUGAACGCGGUGCUGAUGAUAGUGAACGCAGUGCUGAUGAUAGUGAACGCGGUGCUGAUGAUAGUGAACGCAGUGCUGAUGAUAGUGAACGCGGUGCUGAUGAUAGUGAACGCAGUGCUGAUGAUAGUGAACGCAGUGCUGAUGAUAGUGAACGCAGUGCUGAUGAUAGUGAACGCAGUGCUGAUGAUAGUGAACGCGGUGCUGAUGAUAGUGAACGCGGUGCUGAUGAUAGUGAACGCAGUGCUGAUGAUAGUGAACGCGGUGCUGAUGAUAGUGAACGCAGUGCUGAUGAUAGUGAACGCAGUGCUGAUGAUAGUGAACGCAGUGCUGAUGAUAAUGAACGCGGUGCUGAUGAUAGUGAACGCAGUGCUGAUGAUAGUGAACGCGGUGCUGAUGAUAGUGAACGCGGUGCUGAUGAUAGUGAACGCAGUGCUGAUGAUAGUGAACACGGUGCUGAUGAUAGUGAACGCGGUUCUGAUGGUAGUGAAUGGUUCUAA